CGGUCGGCUGCAUUGUCGAGUCUGGUUCCCCCAAGGCUCUUCCCCCCACGCCCCAAUCCACGAGGACACUCGUUCUCGAGAGUCCUCUUCUGUCAUCCCUGCGCCCUGCAGCAAUGGGAUUGCUUUCAUUUUAACUGUCAUUCGGGCUGCAAUCGCGUCGUAAACAAGCACAACACUCUUGUCUCCCCCGGUGCGAGCUCUUCUCUCGGCUAGAGAGAGCUUAGUUUGCCCACCAUGGCCACCACUUCACAUAUGUUCAUGUACUCCCUGACGAUCCAGCCUCCUACUGCCGUCACGCAAGCCAUCCUGGGUCAGUUUGCCGGCACCAAGGAACAGCAGAUCGUCACGGCGUCCGGCUCCAAGCUCACCAUCCACCGCCCCGAUCCGGCUCAGGGCAAGGUCACCCCGCUCUUUUCGCAGGAUGUCUUUGGGAUCAUUCGCUCCCUGGCCGCCUUCCGCUUGGCUGGAAGCAACAAAGAUUAUAUCAUCAUCGGCUCGGACUCGGGACGCAUUACUAUCAUUGAAUACGUGCCCUCCCAGAACCGGUUCAACCGGAUCCAUCUCGAGACAUUUGGAAAAUCUGGUGUCCGCCGUGUAGUGCCGGGUCAAUAUUUGGCGGUUGAUCCCAAGGGCAGAGCGUGUCUCAUCGCCUCCGUUGAGAAGAACAAGCUCGUCUACGUUCUGAAUCGGAACUCGCAGGCCGAGCUGACGAUCUCAUCCCCUCUCGAAGCCCACAAGCCUCAGACGCUGGUUUUCAACAUCAUCGCCUUGGAUGUGGGGUAUGAAAACCCCAUCUUCGCCGCGCUGGAGGUUGACUACUCCGAGUCCGAUCAAGAUCCCACCGGACAGGCCUUUGAAGAGGUUGAGAAGAUGCUGGUGUACUAUGAACUGGAUCUUGGUCUGAACCACGUCGUUCGGAAGUGGGCUGAUCCCGUCGAUCGCACGGCGACGAUGCUCUUCCAAGUACCGGGCGGCGCGGAUGGACCCAGUGGUGUCUUGGUGUGUGCUGAGGACAGCGUCACUUACCGUCACUCCAACCAGGAUGCGUUCAGGGUACCCAUCCCUCGGCGCAGUGGGCCUACGGAGAACCCCGAGCGCAAGCGAAGCAUCGUCGCAGGUGUCAUGCACAAGAUGAGGGGUGCCUUCUUCUUCCUGCUUCAAACCGAGGAUGGCGAUCUCUUCAAGGUCAACAUUGAAAUGGUCGAGGACGACAAUGGCCAGUUGACUGGCGAGGUGCGACAGUUGAAGAUCAAAUACUUUGACACAGUUCCGGUUGCCUCGAAUCUGCUGAUUCUGAAGAGUGGUUUCCUCUUCGUUGCCAGCGAGGCCGGAAACCACCACUUCUAUCAGUUCGAGAAGCUGGGUGAUGAUGACGAAGAGAUCGAAUUCACCAGCGAGACUGUGUCGGCGGACCCAACGGUGCCUUGCGCCCCCGUCUACUUCCAACCCAGGGGUGCGGAGAACCUCAACCUCGUCGAGACCAUCAAUUCCGUGAACCCUCUCAUUGACAGCAAGAUUGCCAAUCUUUCGGAGGAUGACGCCCCACAAAUCUACACAGUCUCCGGUACCGGGGCGAGGAGUACCUUCAGGACUCUUAAGCACGGUUUGGAGGUUUCCGAGAUCGUGGAAUCCGAACUCCCUAGCGUGCCUUCGGCCGUGUGGACGACGAAGCUGACCCGGGCUGAUGAGUUCCAUGCCUACAUCAUCUUAUCCUUUGCCAAUGGCACUCUCGUGCUUAGCAUCGGUGAGACCGUCGAGGAAGUCACCGACACCGGCUUCCUCUCGUCGGCUCCCACGCUUGCUGUCCAGCAACUCGGAGAGGACUCCCUUAUCCAAAUCCACCCCAGAGGUAUUCGCCACAUCAUGGUUGACCGACGGGUUAACGAGUGGCCUGCCCCUCAACAUCGGUCUAUCGUUGCGGCUGCUACCAAUGAGCGUCAGGUUGCCGUGGCUCUGAGCUCGGGCGAGAUCGUGUAUUUUGAAAUGGAUGCCGAUGGAACCCUUGCCGAGUACGAUGAACGACGACAGAUGUCAGGCACCGUCACUUCCCUCAGCCUGGGCGAGGUUCCUGAGGGCCGUAUGCGCAGCUCGUUCCUGGCUGUUGGAUGUGACGAUUCGACAGUCCGUAUCCUGAGCUUGGACCCAGACUCAACUCUGGAGAAUAAGUCCGUCCAGGCCCUUACAGCGGCCCCGUCUGCCCUCGAGAUCAUCUCAAUGGCUGACUCGAGCUCGGGAGGUACCACCCUCUACCUUCACAUCGGUCUUUACUCUGGUGUCUAUCUCCGUACUGUUCUGGAUGAAGUCACUGGCGAACUCUCCGACACUCGGACAAGAUUCCUUGGUUCGAAACCCGUUAAGCUGUUCCAAGUGUCAGUCAAGGGACAGACAGCAGUCUUGGCCCUCAGCUCUCGCCCCUGGCUAGGCUACUCCGACAUCCAAACCAAGGGCUUCAUGCUUACUCCUUUGGACUAUGUGCCACUCGAAUGGGGCUGGAACUUCUCGAGCGAACAGUGCGUGGAGGGCAUGGUCGGAAUCCAAGCCCAAAACCUGAGGAUCUUCUCUAUCGAGAAGCUGGAUAACAAUAUGCUCCAGCAGUCGAUACCUCUUUCGUAUACCCCUCGUCGCUUUGUGAAGCAUCCUGAUCAGCCGUUGUUCUACGUAAUUGAAUCCGAUAACAACGUUCUGUCGCCGUCCACGAGAGCUAGGCUCAUCGAGGACUCCAAGGCGCGAGAUGGCGACACCACUGUGCUUCCACCCGAGGAGUUUGGGUACCCCCGGGGAACGGGUCACUGGGCCUCGUGCAUUCAAAUCGUUGAUCCCGUUGAUGCUAAGGAAGUGGUUGGUACCAUCGAACUCGAGGAGAACGAGGCAGCGGUCAGUGUUGCGGCUGUUCCCUUCACUAGUCAGGAUGAUGAAACUUUCCUGGUGGUCGGAACCGCCAAAGACCUGACUGUCAGCCCGCCCUCCUCCGCGGGUGGAUUUAUUCACAUCUACCGAUUCCAGGAGGACGGCAGGGAGCUUGAGUUCAUCCACAAGACCAAGGUCGACGAGCCUCCCCUGGCUCUUCUCGCUUUCCAAGGUCGUCUUGUUGCUGGAAUUGGCUCUAUUCUCCGGAUCUACGAUCUUGGUAUGAAACAACUCCUCCGCAAAUGCCAGGCUCAAGUGGUGCCGAGAACUAUCGUGGGUCUUCAGACUCAAGGCAGCCGAAUCGUCGUCAGUGACGUCCGCGAGAGUGUCACCUAUGUGGUGUACAAAUACCAGGAGAAUGUCCUCAUUCCAUUCGUGGACGACUCCGUUUCUCGCUGGACGACGGCAACCACUAUGGUGGAUUACGAGACGGUUGCCGGCGGUGACAAGUUUGGUAACCUGUGGCUUAUGCGUUGCCCUAAAAAGACGUCAGAAGAGGCAGACGAAGACGGAUCUGGCGCUCAUCUUAUCCAUGAGCGUGGCUACCUUCACGGUACUCCCAACCGUCUGGAACUCAUGAUUCAUGGGUAUGCCCAGGAUGUUCCGACCAGCCUGCACAAGACACAGCUCGUUGCCGGUGGGCGCGAUAUCCUUGUGUGGACCGGAUUCCAUGGCACCAUUGGCAUGUAUGUGCCAUUCAUCAGCCGAGAGGAUGUCGACUUUUUCCAAAACCUGGAAAUGCAGCUAGCGGCACAAAAUCCCCCUCUGGCUGGACGUGACCAUCUGAUCUACCGGAGUUACUACGCGCCAGUCAAGGGCGUCAUUGACGGCGAUCUGUGCGAGACGUAUUUCCUAUUGCCUAAUGAUAUGAAGAUGAUGAUUGCAGCGGAUCUCGACCGUUCGGUUCGCGAAAUCGAACGGAAGAUUUCGGAUAUGCGAACGAGGGUGGCGUACUGAUUUGAUAGGGUUCCGGCCGGCGUCUUUAGCAAGGGCUUGUUAUGGCUUUGUGGGGGUUCUGUCCUACUCAAUACCCGAUAAUUUAUUUCCUGCCUAUUAUGUACAAUUGAUAUGGCCCCAGGUGGUCAUCCACUCCAGCUCCAGUUCAUCUAUCUUGUGACCGUAGUCACAGUCUCUUGCCUCGCUCGAUCUUCUGCCUCCCUCGGUUGAUCUUGAGCUGGAUACGGCAUGUAACCUCUGGUUGCAUCCUGUAUGAGACGAGAAUGAGGCUGUUCUCAGCCUUCGACGCUUUUUGAGUACGGUUUUAUCUGCUCUUCACAGAUAUGAAUCGUAAUUUAUCAGUCGGGACAUUCUAGUAUAUAGUAUAGCAUCUAAACAAUUUCAGCAACACAAUACACUUGUC